GCAUCGCUGCGCAACAUGGCUUAGGAUAUAAAGAAGACAGGUUUCAGCAAACACCCCACUGUGCCGAAACGAUGAAGACAAAUAAAAGCGUCCUUAUUACAUUUGUAAUUCUUGUCUCUAUUGCUGGCUGUUUGGGUAUUCCCAUACAUAGUCGCGCGGGUGCUUCGAAAUUUAACACGAUUGUGGCAUUCGGUGAUAGCACAUGUGAUAAUGGCAACGGAACCUACACGUACCUCAAUCAUACGUAUCCUCCUUCCCCACCAUACUACAAUGGUCGCUACUCAAAUGGCCCAGUCUGGGUGGAGUAUUUGUCAGAUUUAUUGAAUAGCGCUUUGUACGAUUAUGCGUGGGGCGGAGCAACUAGUGAUAACGCCUAUGUAACUGGCGUAUCAGGCUUUAACUACACUACCGUUGUCGCCAGUGUUAUCGAUCAGAUUACAAAAAUAUAUGGACCAAAAGCGUUACAGAAUGUAGACUUUGACAAGAUAUUGUUUGUCAUAUCGUAUCAGGGCAAUGAUUAUUUCGACAAUCCAAAAGCAGAUCCCCAAGUUGUAGUCUCCAACUUAUCAAGGGCGUGGUCACUUCUUGCAUCAUACGGGGCCAAACAUAUCCUAACCAACACCUUCUAUGAUAUCUCCUUGAUUCCGUAUUCACGUGCUCUCCCAGCGGCAGAUCAGUCCGCGCUUAAAGCAAUCAGCGCUGCACACAACGCCGCUCUUGCUACUGCUGCCGAUAAUUGGAACAAGCAAGGCAAUGGUGCUAAAGUGUCACUAUUCCCGCUGGGUGAAGUGCUUGCUGCCCUACAACAACCGCAGACGGCAGCGCAACUUGGAAUAACUGAUGUCACCAAUCCCUGCAUCACUCACCCUCCAGGUGAUACGAAUACUAUCAACAUAGUAUGCAAAGAUCCAUCCAAAUUCUUUUUUUGGGAUUCGUUCCAUCCGUCAACAAAAGUGUAUCAGCGAUUGUCGUUUACUUUAUACGAUUUUGUAACGUAUCGUAUUCACUAG